CCGGGCGGCGCCUGAGCGCGCGGGAAGGAGGGUGAAAUAGAGAGGUCUGGCCCUCUGGCCUGCUUGCUCUGGGAUAUUUGAUGAGUGACCCACCUCAGACUUCCAACCUCAAAGCCCACGGCCUCCGCUCGAGGCCCCCGAGGCUAUGGGUCGGGUCUCCGGGCUCGUGCCCUCUCGGUUCCUGACGCUCCUGGCUCAUCUGGUGGUUGUCAUCACUUUGUUCUGGUCCCGGGAAAGCAACAUCCAGGCUUGCCUGCCUCUCACAUUCACCCCCGAGGAAUACGAGAAGCAGGAUAACCAGCUGGUAGCCGCGCUCUGUCUCACCCUGGGCCUCUUUGCAGUGGAGCUGGCUGGCUUCCUCUCAGGAGUCUCCAUGUUCAAUAGCACCCAGAGCCUCCUCUCCAUUGCAGCCCACUGUAGCGCGUCUGUGGCCCUGUCUUUCUUCGUAUUCGAGCGAUGGGAAUGUACCACGUACUGGUACAUUUUUACCUUCUGCAGCGCCUUCCCAGCGGUCACUGAAACUGCAUUAUUCAUCGCUGUCUUUGGGCUGAAAAAGAAACCCUUCUGAUCCCAACCCGGAUGUGGGGAACCAAGGCUGGAAACGUGAGGAGCUUCCUUCUUCCCACUGCCAGAAGAAAAAGGCAGAGGCUUCCGUUUUCUCUCGCCCUAGUCCCUUGCUCCUCCCAGCUGCGGCUAAGCAGAGGAUGGCCUUGUUGGAAUAAGAUCUCUCAAAUCUUGGAUUAUAAUUUUAUUAGAGUUUUGUAAUAAAAUUUAUUUUAUAAUAAGGGCAAGGCGUAUACUAUUUUUCAGAAGACCAUUGAAUGGGCCAAGAGGUUGGUAUAAAUAAAGAUUUUUUUCUUGUGGUAUAUAGGUGGGAUAGAAGUAAUGCUUCUAUUUGGGUUUUUACGGUAUAAGACAGGCGGAAGUGAGUGGGCGGGGAUAUGCAAAUAACAAUCUCACAUAGAGCUUCUAAUUUGCCGAGUGUGAGGGGAGCAUUCUGGGAUGGUUUUGUUUCUCCCUUUUUGCGCCGAAUGGAGAAUAAAAUACUUCAAA